AUGGUACGACACACUGCUGAUAAGAUCCAUAUGAUUAGAAGUAGAUUAAAGGCUGCACAAGAUAGACAAAAGAGUUAUGUAGAUUUGAAGAGAAGAGAUAUUGAGUAUUACGUUGGUGAUAAGGUAUUCUUAAAGAUUUCUCCUUGCAAGGGAGUUAUACGAUUUGGUAAGCGUGGAAAGUUGAGUCCUCGAUUUAUAGGACCUUAUGAGAUUAUAGAGAGGAUCAGACCAGUUGCUUAUUGUUUCGCUUUACCUCCAAAGUUAUCACAAAUUCAUGAUAUCUUUCAUGUAUCUAUGUUAAGAAGAUACAAAAGUGAUCCCUCUCAUGUUCUCCAAAAGCAACCAAUUGAGUUGAGAGAAGACUUGACUUAUGAAGAAAAACCAGUGGAAAUUAUUAAUAGAGAAGAGAAAGUCUUGAGGAACAAAUUCAUCCCAUUAGUUAAGGUUCGUUAG